AAAAGACUCGAGACUUCAACCACCGGGGCAAAAUUCCACCGCACACAAAUACACAAUUCCAUGCACCAACCUACCUCCAUUAAUACGGCAUUAACAAAUUAACAACAAAAAGCUGCCCAAAUUUAUCAUUAAGCAUUUGACUCGAGUCAUAUUCCCCGUCCUCCAAAACCCACCUCUCAUUUUUCAAUUUGGGAGGUUUUCGUGGUUGUCCAUCUUUUGUUUUCUCCUCCCUCUCUCUCCUCUCUCCUCACCUCUUCCUCUUCUCCUGGCAUUCUACCAUCAUCACUCAUUGUCUGGAUUUGUUGAGUUUAUCUUUUUCUCUGAGCCCAGCACAUGCCAAGAAUGGGUGAAGAAAAAGAAGGGGAAUAGUGCAAUGCGCAUUUUCGCUGGAGGAGGAGGAGAAAUUGGUUCUCCUUGUUACACCACCUCAUCCUCUCUCUAAAAAGGUAAAGGAAUCACUUUCUUCACAUUUAUCUGGUGUUCUUCCUCCUUUAAGUCAUAUCUUGGGUUUGGCUUCUAGUUUUCACAAUGGCGACCAAAAUUAAAGGGAUCUAUAAGGGGUUCAAGUACAUUACCCAAAUAUUUGUUGUGAAGGAGCGUGAGAUGGAAAUUGGGUACCCAACGGAUGUUAAGCAUGUGGCACAUAUUGGGUGGGAUGGCCCAUCUGGUAGUGCUCCUAGUUGGAUGAAUGAGUUCAAUGUAGCAUCCGAUUUCGCGGCAACAUCUAUUGGCAAUAUUACCGGAACAAGAGGCACCAGUUCUGCAAUAUCCACAUGGUCAUCUCAAGACUUUGAAUCAAUGGACCAGCAACCAGUAUCUGAGACUUUCAAAGACAUUCAGCCCACAGACCUUCCCAAUAAUCCAAAAAAGCAUAAGCGGAAGAAGAUCAAAUCGACUUCCUCCCCUAAGUCUUCCUCUUCAUCAAGAUCGUCACGAGCAGCAAAAUUGAAGGCUAAAUAUGUUGAGGACAAGACCAGACCACCAAAUCUAGAAGUGAUGUAAAACUAUUGAGUAUGAGCCAAGAACGGAAGUGUUUUCGAUGUGCAUAUUAGAGAUUGAGAAGUCCCCUUUCUGUACUAGGGAUGCAGCUGGUUAUUGAAGACAUAAGCAUAGCUUAUGCGAGAUUUACAUGAAAUGGAGUGUACGCCCGAAAUUACAUGGGGACUAGAGAGCUGAGACAAAAGAUGUAACAAAUGUUUGAGGAUGAUAACAAUUAGUGAAGAUGGGAUAACCUUUUUAUUUCUUGGAUUUUCGACAAAGGAGUAAAUACAUGUAGGGAUUCGAUUC